UACCACGUGAUUGAUUCGGUACUUCUUUAACCUUUAUUAUUUGUAAAUUUCCAAAUUCUUUGCCGAAUAAUGUACUAUCAUGGCCGUGUAGACGUAGUAAUCGAUACACAUGUGAUUAAUGUUAAAUGAAUAUUCGAGUUAGGAUAAAUUCGAACAUUGAGUUAUUUUAAAUGUACAAUCUUGAUCUUACAACGUGUUCUUAACACGUUAAACCGAAUGAGCAUAGUUCUAUGUUUAAAAGCUGUUUCUUAUCAUAUUCUUUAUAUAUUUCUUUUGUAAUUGUUUAGAAAUUUUUUUUCAAUAAUUUUCUGCAUGUUGUUGGUUCGAAAAUAUUUGUAUUGUUGUAAUACAGGUGCUGAGGUUGUAAUAUAGGUUCCUUAGUGGUACAUAUGAAUAAAGAUGGAAUAAUAUAAAACUGAGGAGAAGAAAAAAAUGUUUAGGAUACUAAAAGUUUAAUAUAUAAUAAAACAAAGUUUAAGACACUUAGAAAAUGUUUAAAAAGGUAAUUGUGGGUAUAUCUGGUGGGGUUGAUAGCGCUGUAUCAGCACUGCUUUUAAAAAAUAAAGCACUGUUAAAGGAUUCAAUGUCACUGGUGUAUUCAUGAAAAAUUGGGAUAUCAAAGAUGAGACUGGAAUUUGUCAGACUGAGGAGGAUUAUGAAGAUGCACAAUGGGUGUGCAAAAAAUUAGAUAUUCCUCUUGUUGAAGUUAAUUUUGUAAAAGAAUAUUGGAAUAAUAUCUUUUCCUAUUUAAUAGAACAAUAUGAGAAUGGAUAUACACCAAAUCCUGAUAUUUUGUGUAACAAAUACAUCAAAUUCGAUCAUUUCUUUAACUUUGCACGUAAUAAACUUCAGGCUGAUGCUAUUGCAACUGGACACUAUGCCAGAACUAGUUUUGGUUCUUACCUUGAACAUUUUAAGCCAGAUACAAAUGUCAGCUUAUUUCAAGCUCGAGAUCCAGGAAAAGAUCAAACAUUUUUCUUGUGCCAAGUACCUCAACAAGCAUUAAGGUACUCCAUGUUUCCCCUUGGUGAAUAUUUGAAGAAAGAUGUUAAACAAAUUGCUCUGAAAGCUGGAUUGGAUAAAAUUGCUCUAAAAAGGGAAAGCAGAGGGAUAUGUUUUGUGGGAAAACGAAAUUUUCAAAAUUUCAUAUCCAAGUACAUAUUUGACAAACCUGGAGACUUUGUAGACUUGGAUGAUGGUCUGGUAGUGGGAAAGCAUAUGGGCUUUCAUCAUUGGACCAUAGGGCAAAAUAUAAAAAUUAGUGGUUCACCAGCUGCAUAUUAUGUGUAUAAGAAAGAUAUUAACACAAAUAACAUCAUUGUAGUAAAAGGGACACACAAUUCAGCGCUAUAUUCAGAACUUAUAACAACAGAAACUCCGUACUGGAUAUCAUCAGAGCCAGGAUUUAAUAGUUUCUCUAGACUAUUAAAUUGCGAUUUGCGCUUUCAACAUAGAGAUCCCUUGGUACCUUGCACAGUUCAUAAAAAUUUAAAGAAUCAGUUAAUAAUACAGCUUAGUCAACCAUUAAGAGCACUUACAGAGGGACAGUUUAUCACCUUAUAUAAUGGAGAAGAGUGUCUAGGUAGCGCUGUAAUCUCAUAUUGCGGUCCAUCGUACUAUAGUUUAAACCAAGAAGUAAAAAUGGAUCAUUAUCGAGGAAACAACGAGACACAAAAACAGAUCGCGGACGCGAGCAUGUAGUAUUGUACAUAGUAAUUUAUUAACAAAAAAAGGAAAUUAUAUUUGGACAUUUUAAUAUAGUUUUCAUUGAUUGAAUAUAAAAUAAACAUCGUACAAAAUCUC